AUGGUGUCAUUCCUAGAAUAUUGUUCACAGUCGAAUGUUCACGAGAAGCCGGAGCAUGUCAAGCUACCAAAAGCAGGUGGACCCCCUGUACAGAUGAUUGCGUCUCCAGUUGAAGGUUUUUCAUGCACUGCAUCCGCUGACUGCGUGUAUGCCGUCAAGGAUUUAGGAACCAUUCAGCGCCAUGCCAGAGAGAGGCACGGCGCCACUGGCUUAAAGGAGAUCCAGCAUCGGUCCUGUCAGGUCCAACACAUUUUUACCGCUGUUGGAAACUCCUAUUUUGAGGUUGGGCAGAACGUCCUUCCAUCUGCCAGACCCGAUGUAAAAUCCACCCUGAAGGCUACAUUCCUACCUGCAGUCGACCUUUCAUUGGUCGUUCCAGCCAAUACCGAACGGGAGAGGACCCCCCUGAUGCGCUUCAUGGGUUGGGACAAGUUUGAGGUAGAAAUCCGAAUGAAUCCCAAGCAGAGGCGGGCAGCAGAAGAAAUAAAAAAAAAGCAUAGUGAUGAUGAAUUUGGCGGCAUUCUUACCUGUCUGGCUGUUGCAGUGCGAGACCACAUGACUAGGGCAUCCACCAUCUUGGACGGUCAUCCUCACCGGUUAAGCCUGUCGAAGAUUUUGUUGUAUGGUGAGGCAAUACCGCGAGAAACGGACAAUCAUUGGAGGCCUGUGUCGGAUGAAAACAUCGAGUAUCCAAACUUCGUUGUUCAAUUCAUGAGGAACAUCAUGCGCAUUCACCUCGGAUUCCCAUUGGAUUUCUCGUUCGAGCUGUCUGCUGCGCAGACCCUGUGUCUCGAGGAACUUGUGACUGUCCUGGGCGACGAGAAUGCCUCCCCACGAAAGAGAAUGAUUUUCUACCAUAAUUUGGCGUGGUCCCUAGUCGAUACAGAUCCAGAUUUGUGCAUGGGCCAGCGAUGGGCAAACCCUAUCAAACGAGCCAUCUGGCUCAGGGCGUUGCGUGCGGACGGAAACUUCUGUGAAGCGUCCGUCCUUACACCAGAUCUUGCAAAGUUUAAAUAUCUUUGCAACGUCACCUCCCUCCUCGAGGCGCUGAUGGACAAAGAUGAGGAUACGGACUCAGUGCAUUCCGACGACCAUGACCGCGUUGCUCGUGUUCAUGAUCGGGCGCUACGCCUCGGCCGUCCGACUACGUUCAAUAUCAUCUAUGAGAUGCAGCAAUAUGCAUCCUCUUUGGUGUUCAGUCAAACCAGAGAACCCAAUGUCUAUGUCGAUCCAGACGUUCAAUCCAUCACGAUAGGCGUCCACACCAUGCACAUGGACAAGCUGAGAGACGGAAUACAAAGGCUCCUCCAAGUGUCAAAGUCGCGCUAUUCCGCCCUCACUAAUCACGUUUUCAUGUUGAAGAUGGUGCCGGAGCAUGUCAAGGACGACCUCACCAGCUCUACGCGUGGCUAUUCGUUCGUAUCGGAGGACCCUUUUUUAAAAAUCGCCAUGCCUUUCGACAAUGCAGGACGACUCGCAUGGAACAUCCCCGGCAUCAAGGAACUGCUCAGACGCUCGUCGUGCGUCUGGGAGCCUCUCUACCAUCUGCUUUACAUCACCACCCACAUCUCAUGUCGCGGAACUCAGUUCAUAGACCACAAGAUUAGCAAUUCGGACAGGCAUCGCAACCUCUUCAUGCAGGGGAUGGAAAUGUUCCUCCUGACAGCCUACAGCAAAAGGACUGGAAUCACCGAUCGAGACUCGUGCACCCCAGGAUUUGUUCCGAAGGACAUCGCAUUCUUGGUCCUCGAAAUGAUCGCGGGGGGGUUGCGCACUGCGGAAGCUAUCCUUGCUGGGAUUGCAUAUGGAGCAGAGGCCGAGCAUUUGUACAGGACGUACCUGUGCGUCGGUGAGGGCGAGAGAACCAGUCCUACAAGGUUUUCCGCCAACAUUCAGCAGUGGAACCAUGAUUACUUCGACUGUCGAUGGGGAGUAAGAGAUUUCCGCCAGGGCGCGAUAACCAUCGGUCGUGAAUUCAUCGCUCCAGACGACUCUUAUGAUCAAGCCGACAACAUCCUCGCUGAAUCCGCCGAUCACUCCACUGGUGUGGACCAUGCCCACUACGCCAUCAUCCAAGGAGUCGUCCCUAGAUUGUCCAACAACAGCAUGUCCAAGCACAGAUGGCUUGGAGAUCAGUGGCACAGUGUCCUUGGUCUUGGCCCCUAUCCGCCUCCAGAGGCAAUCAGAAUCAGGCGCAAGAAUAUGUCCAAUGGGACGACGCUCCAGGCCAUCGCAGAUGUGGUCAAGAAGACCACGCAAGAAACUAUCAAAGAAUUUUUGGACGCACACCGCACUGACAUCUUGAAGGACGCAAUUUCUACAGCCGCAAUCCAACAGCGAAAAGACGCGAUGGAUGAUGCACCGGAAAUUCCAUCACCACUUUCAACCACCUGGAACGGGGGGUCAUUUCACUUGAGCAGUAAUAUGGAGUCCCUGUUCUACGACGAAAGCGACGGUAUCAGGCGAGACCCUGCUGCCUCAUCUGGUCCCAGUGGGUACAAUAACAACAGUGUUAACACGUCCUCUGUUGUUGUGUCGCCCACCGCAAGCGGUUAUAUUCAAUGCGGGGCAAUGCUUUCGGACUCCCCAAUCCCAGUAUCGUCAAUAACGAGUAUCUCACAGACCGAAUACAUAGAGGGGUCCACGACAUUCUCCGAUGUGGUCAAAACAAUGCAUCAGGCCGAGUUUCCUCUGAUAAAGGAUCGCAAAGGGAAGGGCAGAGCUUACGAAACACCAGCAAAGACACCGCCAUCACAAGCACAUCAUAUCAUCCACGCAAUGAAUCCAUCGACAUCAAAGGGAAACGGAAGCGUAGGGAUUCAUGAGAGUGUCCAUUCCCGACCAUCCGCCAAUCCGGCUAGACCUUCCAGAAGAAAACACGCGCCCCGUAGUGUCUCGCAGCACCAUUCCGUCAUGUCUAUGUCUGUUCCAUACCCAGUCACACCAACUGCACACCGCACUCGCAAGUACGCACCGCAGGACAAACGAUCAUUUGAACGCGUGGAGGAAUCCUCUAGUCUUACGAAACACAUUCGCAGGUUGUCUGCAGAGGUGAUGGAGAUUUCCAGUGACGAGGACUUGUCGGGUCUUGAUGCCAUACAGCUGAAGUGCCUUCAUGGGUCGAAAAAAUUAGUAACACAGGUGCCUAUGGAUGUUAUCAUCCUCUCUAUCAGUGAUGAGGACUUGAGCCCAGACAAGAACAUGCCAAUCAAACAUCUCUAUAUGACAGCAGCAUCAGUCCAACACAUCCUGAUUGAUGUGCCUAGCUUGUUAUCUGGUGACUGCAGCACAUCACAAUGUGCACUCGCUAAUUCUGGUAUACAAUCAUUGCCUCCAAGUACUGUUGAGGACAUUUGA